AUGGUUGCGUCUUGCGGCCAGAUGCUGCGAUUGUUGUUUGUUUGCUUACCACAGUGUCUAAACGCAGCAUCUAAUCGCAACAGUUCCAGUGGUAAUGCUGAAAAAUCCAGCGUCCAAAAUUCUCAGACGCUACCGCGACGAUUAGCCGCAGGAUAUUGCAUCAAGCAUACGAACAUUGUUUGGCUGCAUGACGUUGCCGCUGCCGCCGCCGGCAGGCAAACGAACAAGGCUGCUAUGUUGCCAAAAUCCGAAAAAUCCGAAGCCGACCUGAGAUACCAAAUGCCUAGCCCUACCUCUGAAGAUCGCAUAGGAAAUCUUGACGAGGUUGCUUGUCUUUCAAGAAGAGUAACUUAA